GCAGCGCCCUCCCCGCGGGAGCCGUGUCCCUCCUGGUCCCGGCCCUGUCCCCGGGUCUUCUCUCUCAUGUCCCAGCCCGCCGGCCCGCCCCCAGGCCUGGGCCAGCCGCGGGGGCCGCAGAGCUCGGGCGCAGCAGGCCGGGCCCGGGACCGCGGGGCUCCCGAGAGGACGAGGGUCUGGCUCCAGGCCUGGGCUGGCCCACCGUGCCACCCUGCCUGUCCCCGGGGCAGGCGCCUGGCCUCAGUGCCUGGGAGUUCCUCGAAAGGCCCCAGGACCAUGAACAGCAGCUCUUGCCCCGACGCCUGGCUGCCGCCGGCCGAGUACGUCCAGUACGCCUACCUGGUCCUGCUGCUGGUGCUGGGCCUGCUGCUGAACGCCCUGGCGCUCUGGGUGCUGUGCUGCCGCCUGCGCCGCUGGACGGAGACCCGCGUCUACAUGGUCAACCUGGCCUCGGCCGACCUCUGCCUGCUCUGCACCUUGCCCUUCAUGGUCUACUCGCUGACGGACCGCUCGAGCACGGGGGACACGGUGCUGUGCCAGGUCUCCCAGAGCGUCUACCUGGUCAACAGGUACAUGAGCAUCAGCCUGAUCACCGCCAUCGCCGUGGACCGCUACGUGGCCGUGCGGCACCCCCUGUACGCCCGCAGGCUGCGCUCCCCGCGGCAGGCGGGGGCCGUGUGCGCGGCCCUGUGGGCGCUGGUGGCCGGCUCCCUGGGGCUCCGCUGGGCCCUGAAGGACCGGGAGGGCGGCUUCUGCUUCGGGAACCCCGCCCGGCAGCACCCCAAGACCGUGGUCUUCUCCCUGCUGGGCUUCUACCUGCCGCUGGCCGUGCUGCUGCCCUGCUCCCUGCAGGUGGUGGCCGCCCUGGGCCGCAGGCCGGCCUCCGGGGCGGGCCAGGCGGAGGCCUCCCGCAGGGCCGCCCGCAUGGUCUGGGCCAACCUGGCCGUGUUCGUGGUCUGCUUCCUGCCCUUGCACGUGGUGCUGACGUGGCGCCUGGCCACGGGCCUGAGCACCUGUGCCAUCGACUCCGCCCUCCUCGUCACCAGCAAGGUCUCGGACGCCAACUGCUGCCUGGACGCGGUCUGCUACUACUACAUGGCCAAGGAGUUCCAGGAGGCGUCCGCCCUGGCCGGAGGCCCCGGCGUCAAGGCCCAGAGGAGCCAGGGCUCUCUGUGUGUGACGGUGGCCUAGGGGACGAGCGUGGGCCGGGGGAGGUGGGGGGCCCGUGGCGCGGAGCCCCCGGGCUCGCUGUGGCUGCGGGCCGGUCCUGAAGGCCUGCUGUGUGGCGGGGCCCCGGGCACAGAGCCCGGGACGGUGGCCGCCCCGCCCC